AUGGUCCGCCACAAGAAAGACAAUCCAAAAGCCAAGAAAUACACAGCCAAUGCUCGCCAUACACCUCGCCGGCAAAGGGAUAACUUGCCUGAUGAUGAGGUAGACUCAGCUUCAUCUAGUCGCCCGUCUUUCAAGGCGGCCAUGUGGGACUUUGACCAUUGUGACUCCAAGCGAUGCAGUGGCAAACGACUACAGCACUUUGGUCAAAUUCGUCCUCUCCCAGUAGGCCAAAAGCAUCAGGGUGUCAUAAUCUCACCAAACGCCAAGACUAUACUCAGUCCAGCUGAUGCGUCAACACUGGAGCAGUUUGGUGCUGCUGUUGUUGAGUGCUCGUGGGAGGAAUGGGCUGAGGAAGCGCUUCAACACUUCUCUUAUGGAGAGUCAUUCCUCAAGAUCAACGGCAGCCUGUUCAAACGUUACGCAGCAGCUGAAGAUGAGGCUGGGGUCAAGCGAGUUGAGGAAAAGUGGAUGAAAAGACUGGAAAAGGAGUACAGCGAGAGCCGGAAAGUUGGCGAGGGAGAGAAUGGAGAAGAAGAUAUCUGGGCCGGUGGCAACGUGAACAGAAGAGAGCUGCCAGAGGAUUUAUCUGAUCUUUCAGACUCCGAAGACGACGCAGAUGGCGAGAACGGCGAUGACAAUGAUGAAGACGAUGACGAAGACGCUGUAUACGACGCCAAUGGCAACCUUCACCAGGGUGUGCCAUUAGAUCUGCCACCCGACUCCGACGCCGAAGCAGAAGAAGCUGAGAUGGCAGAAAUACGGCGGAAAAUCCUUGCAAGCAAACCUUUCCAGAAUCCCAAUGCGGAAGCAGAGAAGCAUGAAGACGAGGACGACAGAGCGCCAACGCAGAAACACCAAGCACGGUCAGCCAGAAACAACGACUUGGCAAGCACAUCGGAGCCACCAGCACCUGUUCUACUUGGUGCAGAUUCCGAUGCUGAGUCAGGAAGCGCAGACAAUGAUGAUGAAGAGUUCGAUGACUUUGACCAAAUAGCGAAUGCUACACCAGUAACCGAUCGGACAGGUCUUACAGCCAAGGAGAGAUCGAAGAAGCUGGAAAGACUAGCGGGUUCUGGUAAUACUGCUAGGUUUACAAGGGCUGAAGUCAGUGCUCCGAAGAAGUGGUAA